AUGACAGCCUCUCCUUCUUCUUCUCCUUCUUCUUCCCCGUCUUCUUCCACUUCUUCGUCUUCUUCUCUCUCCUCUCCCUCGCAGCCUCGGCAGCGAGUCUUCCUUCCUGCAGAAGCAGGCAGCGCGAGUGCGGGUGACGGGCGAGGCGUCGAAGCUCGACUGUGCGCAUCGCCUGAAGCCGCGCGCGGCGUCGACUUGGAGGCGACGCCUUCCCCCGUCGAUCUGUGCCCAGUCUCAUGCGGCGCCUCACCCUCAGACGACAGCAACCGACUCGCUACGCUGCUGUACAAAACCGGCUUGCGGCUGGAGCGCCGCGGGAAGCUCGGCGCGGCGAUCGGCCUCUAUCGCCAGGCACUGCGCCUCGAUCCUCUCCUUGAUGAGCGCAGCAUGUACGUGGAGGACGAAAGCGACGCAGAAGAGAGUGACGCAGCAGAGAGCGACUCAGCAGAAGGCGACGCAGCUGCGAGUGACGCAGCAGAAGGCGACGCAGCAGCGAGCGACCGUCUCCACGUCGCUGGCGACUCGCGCGCGGUCGGCGACGGUCUAAGGCGCGGCAGCGACUGCGAGAGAGAAGCACUCAGCGAAGCGGCCGCGACGGAAGGCGCAAGCGAAAAGAGAGGCGACGGCGCGUCAGAUAGCGAAGGCGCGCGGGAUUCAGCAGCGAGCGCGUCCAGCCCACACGCGCAGGACGCCGCGCGCGAGGCGGCAACGCGGCUGCCAGGCGGCGCCGCGGACGAUGAGAAGAAAGCGGGACCUUCCGCCGGCCUGCAGCGGCCUGCACAGCCACGCGCGCGGAAUGAUCCAAGACCCGAUCUCCGCGGACGGGCGACGACGGAGUCGCGGCGGCGGCAAGCGGAAGGCGAGGGAGGAGGCGCGUGCAGCGGAGUUACCUGCGCGCAGGCGGACAAGAAAGAAGCAUCUCUCGUUUCGCCAGGGGCCUUGACGCGCCGCACGCGGCAGAGGGCAGACGCCGGCGAAGAAGACGCGGCGGCCGCGGUGGGGCCUGGGGAAGGCCUCGCGGCAGCCAACUGCCAUCACGCCUGCGCCAAGCCUUCGAAAGCGGGACUUUCGGCAGAAAAUCGUGUAGAAAGCGUAGGAACCCAGCGACGCGGAGACCGCGCGGAGGCGACGCGUGCACCCGGCGCCGAGACAGACGAUGCAGAGUGGACGCGGAGGACGAAAAACUGCGAAGGUGGAGCGGUCGCUGCGCCAGAAAGUCCUGAGGCGCCGUGCGGCCUCUGCCGUCUGCCGCCGGAGCUUCUUAGCGUCCUGCCGCUGUACCUUGACGGCUUUGCGCUGACGCGGCUUUCGAGUUGCUGCCGUCUCCUGCACCGAGCCUGCGGCAGCCGCAGCGCCUCCUGCUGGCGGGCAAAGUGUCUCCAGUUGUUCGGGCCUGCGUGCGCCGCUGAAGUGUCGCUCUACAACGCCUCCUGGCAUGCGAUGUAUCUGCAGCGUCCGAGGAUCCGCAUGGACGGCAUCUACAUCUCGCGGUGUGUAUACAUGAGGCGCGUGCGAGACGUUGGCAAUCUGCUAGACGAGAGCGAACAAGAGAGAAGACAGCGGCUCAGACUGCAGCAGCAGCUGAAGAAGGGCACCGAUCAGGACAUCUCUUCUUCACUGCAUCUCCUCGGCUCGCUGCUCCAUCGUUCGCCCGUCAUCGCCGUCUCCUACUACCGCUACUUGCGCUUCCUCCCCCACGCGCAGGGGAACAAAGUCCUCGUUCUACGGUCUGAGGCGGACAAGCAGGUUGCCGUCCAGGCUCUGAAGAACGCGGAACAGCGCGUGCGCGAGGCCGAAAGAAGAAACGGCGGCGAUUGUCGCGUAGUUUUUUCGGCGUUGGCGUCGAGUGCGGCAGCGGCGCCGAGCGCGAAGUGGACUUGGCAGCGCCUCGUUCCUUUCGUUGCAGUCGGCGAGUUCGCCUUCAACCCGGAGACGCGCAGAGUGGAAGUUUUCUACGAUGAGCCGCGCUCGCACGGGGGGGCUGGGGGCGCGGAGACGCUUCUUCCGCCGCAGGGCAGCGCCGGCGCCGCCAACGCCGCCAACGCCGCGCGCCACCCGCGCGAAAGCCGAAGAACGGCGGCAACCGAGCUUUCUGCGUCAAACGCCUCGGCCUCACGCGCCUCUGCUUCAGGUGUUUCCGCGUCGACUUCUUCUGCGGCGGGUGCAGGCGCGGCGGGGUCCGACGAGGGGGCGCGGCUGCUCGCGGGAGAAGGGCUCCUGGCGACGCGGCGCCCGCGGCGCAGGCCCCACACACACCGCGCGGUGUUUGAGCUCUCCGGUGGUCAGGCCGCGCGUAGCAACAGUCGGCUGAAGUGGCUCUCUUUUUCUGUAGGCUCCGGCCGCGACUCGGACAGCGAAGACGAGAGCGAGGUGGCGCAUCUGAACGUCAACAGCGAGCACUUCAGGCCCUUUUUGCUCAAUCGCGUCAGGGCGUUCGAGUCACAUUUUUAA